ACUUCACGCAGGUCUCUAACUGACAGCUAUGAAAAAGAACGGACGGACAUAACGUGAAAAGUGCGAGCUCUUUUUUUUAAUAAAUUUCUACUAAAUAACUCAAUAGACAUAAUUGUCGUAACAAGCGCCACUAAAGCCUCACUUUUCUUUCGCGCGAAUGGAAAUAAUCGUGUGAGAUUUUCCGUGAGCAAAUUUGGGUGUAUGAUGAUAGCUUCUCUAAUUUCUUAAAUAAAUUUCUUAUUAACUCAAUAUAUAAAUUGUUCAAUUAAAAUUGGUAACAAUGCAGUACCACACGUUUACGUUAGGCAUCCUGCUAACGUUAGUGUGUGGAACUCAUUGCUUCUAUGUACCGGGAGUUGCACCGGUCGAGUUUGUUAAAGGACAAAAAAUUGAUGUGAAAGCUGUAAAAAUGACAAGUAGUCGCACACAACUGCCUUAUCAGUACUAUUCGCUACAGUUUUGUUUGCCCAAAAAUGGAACACUUAUAUACAAAUCAGAGAAUCUUGGCGAAGUUUUAAGGGGAGAUCGCAUUGUUAACACUCCAUAUGAUGUUCAGAUGGCUGUAAAUGUCAACUGUAAGUUAUUGUGCAACAAAAAGGAGAAUACCCCAUUAAAUUGGGAACAACCGCAGUCAGCCAUGGUAGUCGAACGUAUAAAGCACGAGUACUUCGUGCACUUGCUGGUUGAUAAUUUGCCGGUAGCUACUCGUAUUGUAAAUCUAAACAACCCUAAUGAAGUCAGUUAUGAACAUGGUUAUCGUUUGGGACAAGUUGAUGGUGAUAAUGUUUACAUCAAUAACCAUUUAAAAUUCAUUUUGUCCUACCACAUGCAUACAAAGGAUAAGUACAGAGUGGUUGGCUUUGAAGUGGAAACCGCAUCAGUAAAUUACAAGGACAUAAAAUUCGAAGGAGAUAAUUGUAAUUUUCCCGACAACGCACGUCCACAAUUGGUUCAUCCAAACUCAAAUACUCAACUGUAUUUUACGUAUUCCGUUGAAUGGAAAGAAUCUAAAGUUAGCUGGGCUUCUAGAUGGGACAUCUACUUAGGCAUGAAAGAUGUUCAAAUACACUGGUUUAGUAUAAUAAAUUCAUUAGUUGUAGUGUUUUUCCUUUCUGGUAUUCUAACAAUGAUUAUGAUAAGAACUUUGCGUAGAGAUAUUGCCCGGUAUAAUACGGACGACAAUAUUGAAGAUACUUUAGAAGAAACCGGAUGGAAGCUGGUACAUGGAGAUGUGUUUCGUCCACCAAAAAAUACACGAUUGUUUUCCGCGGUUAUUGGCAGUGGAAUUCAAAUAUUUUUCAUGGCUUUGAUAACAAUAUUCUUUGCUAUGCUUGGUAUGUUGUCACCAUCAUCACGCGGUGCUCUAAUGACUUCUGGAAUUUUUAUGUACGUUUUUAUGGGUAUUAUUGCUGGAUAUUUUGCUGCUCGCCUUUAUAAAACCAUGAAAGGUCGAGAAUGGAAGAAAUCUGCAUUUCUUACCGCUACCUUAUACCCAAGCAUAGUUUUUGGAACUGGAUUCUUUUUGAACUUCUUCAUAUGGGACAAAGAAUCUAGCGGAGCGGUGCCGUUUAAAACUAUGAUAUCAUUACUUUUGUUGUGGUUUGGUAUAUCCGUGCCGCUGGUAUAUUUAGGCUAUUAUUUUGGAUAUCGCAAACAGCCAUAUCAACAUCCUGUACGCACGAAUAUGAUACCAAGACAAGUGCCCACACAACAUUGGUAUAUGAACGCUAUACUAAGCACACUGAUGGCUGGAAUUCUACCCUUUGGCGCCGUAUUCAUUGAAUUAUUUUUUGUUUUUACGGCAAUAUGGCAAAACCAAUUUUAUUAUCUAUUUGGGUUUCUAUUCCUUGUGUUUUGCAUAUUGGUUGUUAGUUGUGGUCAGAUAUCCAUUGUUAUGACAUACUUCCAACUAUGUGGAGAAGAUUAUCGCUGGUGGUGGCGAAGUUUUAUAGUGUCUGGCGGUUCAGCGGUGUACGUCCUUUUCUAUAGUAUAUUUUAUUUCUUUACCAAACUUGAGAUUACAGAGUUCAUACCCACACUUCUGUAUUUUGGAUACACUAGUCUUAUGGUUCUAACCUUUUGGCUUUUAACAGGGACAAUCGGCUUCUUUGCUGCAUAUAGUUUUAUACGCAAAAUAUACAGUGCUGUAAAAAUUGAUUGAUUUAAGUUUCAAACCACUUCGAAGAACCGCCAAGGAAACAAACUGUCCUUGUACUCAUAUAUUCUAUUCAACCAAAAAAGCUUUUAUCUUCUGUGUUAAUUUAAACUAAAAAAAUGUGUCCAACUCCUUACUUAUUUUAUUGUUGUUAUGGAGUAUCCUAAUCCUUUGUGGUUCAUUUCUUUGUUUUAUAGCAGCUUUUAUAAGCAUGCAGUAUAUUUCGAGUAUAUGUGUUAUAAUUUUUAAUCAAUCAAAUCUUUUUACCCCUUUAAUUUCUAAAUAAGUUAAGUUCUCAAUUUAUUAUUAUUUAAUUUAAAAAUUAAUCAUUGAAUACUUUAAAUGUAAUCUCAUCUAAGAGAGUAGUGCUAAGAUAUGAAGACGAAGAAAAGCAACAUAAUUUUAAUUAUUUACAAUAUAAUAAAUAUAUUAAUUUGUAUCAUAUAAAUGCGUUCCAAGUUAUCAACUGA